CGCCCCGGCCGCCAGCGGGCGCAGAGGCGUCUGGAACCCGGACCCACACGGGACACUACUCUGGCCCUGCGGAGCCGGCGGAGCAGGUAACUCCAUGCAUUGGAGACCAUGGAUAAAUAUGACGUGAUUAAGGCCAUUGGGGAAGGUGCCUUUGGGAAAGCAUACCUGGCCAAAGGGAAAUCAGAUAGCAAGCACUGUGUUAUAAAAGAGAUCAAUUUUGAAAAGAUGCCCAUCCAAGAAAAAGAAGCUUCAAAGAAAGAAGUCAUUCUUCUGGCGAAGAUGAAACAUCCCAACAUUGUAACCUUCUUCAGUUCAUUUCAAGAGAACAACAGGCUGUUUAUUGUGAUGGAGUACUGUGAUGGAGGGGAUCUCAUGAAAAGGAUCAGAAGACAACGGGGAGUGUUACUUAGUGAAGAUCAGAUUCUGAGUUGGUUUGUACAGAUUUCUCUAGGACUGAAACAUAUUCAUGACAGGAAGAUCUUACACAGGGACAUAAAAACACAGAACAUUUUUCUUAGCAAGAAUGGAGUGGUUGCAAAGCUUGGGGACUUUGGUAUUGCAAGAGUCCUGAACAAUACCAUGGAACUUGCUAGAACUUGUGUUGGAACGCCUUACUACUUGUCCCCAGAGAUCUGUCAGAAUAAACCCUACAACAAUAAAACGGAUAUUUGGUCGCUUGGCUGCGUCUUAUAUGAGCUCUGCACACUCAGACAUCCUUUUGAGGGUAACAACUUACACCAGCUGGUUCUGAAGAUUUGUCAAGCUCAUGUUCCCCCAAUAUCUCCAAGGUUUUCCCAUGACCUACAGUCCUUAAUAUCCCAGCUCUUUGAAGUAUCUCCCCGAGAUCGACCAUCCAUUAGUUCCAUUUUGAAAAGGCCCUUUUUAGAGAACCUUAUCGCCAAAUACUUGACUCCCGAGGUCAUUCAGGAAGAAUUCAAUCACACCCUCAGACAUAAAGCAAGAUCGUCUGCUUCUCAACCUGCUGGGAAGGUGGUCCCAGAUUUUAAAAUACAGAAAGUGAGAUUCCAGGGAAAGUGCCUGCCAAGAUCAAGGAUAUCAGUGCCAUUUAAAAGGAAGGACAUAUUAUAUAGAAAUGAAUGGAGACCGCCAGCUGGAGCCCAGAAGCCCAUAUCUAUAAAAAUAGUAGAAGGACCCAAACUUGCUGCAGUGUGUGGACAUUAUGAUCAUUAUUAUGCUCAACUUGACUUGUUGAGGAAGAGAGCCAAUGGACAAAAUUACCACUAUGUUCCUCAAAAAGAUACCAGAGUUGAGGAGAAUUAUAAUCAGGAAGAAAGCCACAGUCCAUCUCCAGGUCAAUGGCUUGCUGAAUACCUUCAGAGGAAAUGUGAAGCUCAACAACAUAAGCUGAAAGUGGAAAAGCAAUUGGGUAUUCGUCCAUCUUCCGCUGAGCCAAAUCACAACCAGAGACAAAAGCUAAGAAGUAAUGGGGAAGAGCCUGGAUUCCAGGAGCUGCAGUUCCGGAGAAAUGAAAGGAAAGAACAGGAAUACUGGAAGCAGCUAGAAGAAAUACGCCAACAGUACCACAAUGACGUGAAAGAAAUUAGAAAGAAGAUGGAGUGUGAACUGGAGGAAGACUCAACAAUAAGUCAUAAAACGUAUUUGGUGAAGAAGAGUGACCUGCUCAUCCACCAAGAGGCACCUGAGGAGGAAGCACCUGUGCAGGAUAUUGAAAGAGACUUGAAACAAAUUGGACUUCAGAACACAAAGGAAAGUAAAAUUCCAGAACAAAAACAUAAAGCUAAGAGAGGGGUAAAGUUUGAAAUUAAUUUAGACAAAUGUAUUUCUGAUGGAGACACCCUCCAAGAGGAAGAGGCAAUGGAUAUACUGAAUGAAACUUUGACCUUUGAGGACGGCAUUAAGUUUAAGGAAUAUAAAUGUAUAAAGGAGCAUGAAGAUUAUACAGACAAAGCAUUUGAAGAACUCUGUUGCCUGGAAGCAGGGUUGUUCAUUCCAGAUGCUGCCGCUGCAGAGGACAGGAGACAGUGGGAUGCUGGGCCUCCUCAGACUCUGCUACAAAUGAUGGCCGCGGCCGACGUCACCUCCACCGGCUCCACUGUGCCUGAGGGUGAAGCUGACAUCAGUGGCACAAAUUACAGCCGAGUGAUUGUGAUUGAAGGCAUUCCAGAAAACAGGAAACAGUGGCGGCUUGAAACGCCGGGAACUUCAAUGAGUGUUUUGACAGCAGCACAUCUAACAAGUAGCUCAUAUUCUGCCAACGAUGGAGAAUUUGCUCCAGUUGCCCUGCUGGAAAAUGAGGGACCGUGUGGAACAGAGAGACAAGCCAUUCCAAGUGGAGCCAUGCUAGACCAGCCAACCUCCAGGUGGCCAGUGGGACCAUUAAAACAAUGGCUUCCUAAAGAAGAUGAGGGGAAGGUAGAAGUGGCCUCUGACAUCGAAGUAGAUGAAGAACAACCAGAACCAAGAUCUGAUGAUGAUGAUACAAAUUUUGAAGAAUCUGAAGAUGAGUUGAGAAAUGAAGUAGUAGAAUCCCUGGAAAAACUCUCUACUUCCAAAGAGGCAGAAAAAAGGGAAGAGGUUUCCAGUUCCUCUAAGGACGCUGAAAAGAAAGAGAGGGGAUAGGCAUACAGAAAUAUGCAGAAUUAAAUGAAGGUUUGGAGAGUAUUUUUACUCCAUCUGAUGACAAAAUUUGUAUUGUUGAUGAAGACCCAGGAACAUCAA